AUACAUUACCUCAACAAGGUUUGGUAGAAGAUAAUCAGAUAGAACAACUUCUUGAAGAAUUCUACCAACAAUAUCAAACCUGGAUGGUUCCACAACAAACAAGGGCUCGGGAUAAGCUUUCGAAAAUAAUUAAAGAACAACCUAUGCAUCUAUUGGACCCAACUAUUGCACAUACCCGAGAAUGGCCAGUUGGAUCAAGAAAUGAUAUUCAAUCAUCUACUCAUAGAAUUUCUUCAGCAUUUGAGCUAGAAGAAUUGAAAACAACUAGUAGAAAAUAUGGAAUAUGUCAGAAUAUCGGGCAUAAUA